AUGGCCUCGCCUAUUUACAUUGACGAAGACGUCGGUCGCGACGACGACUCCGCGAUUGGUACUGAAACUGCUCCCUACAAAACCCUCCUCUAUGCCAUGAUCAGCCACCCUCCCGAUACAGCCACAUAUCAAACCCGGAAAUCUGUCACAGGCCCCGUCGAUGCCAACGGAGAUCCAGCUACUCGCCUAGAAUGGAAGCCAGCCACCAAGUCGGCCAUGAAGAAAGCCACCCACCUCUUUGAACAGUACAAAAAGAAGCAAGCCAGGGCUUCUGAAUUGGCCAUCCGGGAAAAUGCUGAAGCAAUGAAGCGACAACAAGUCCUCGAGGAGGCCAAAAAGGUUAUUAUCAAGGAGGAUGCCAGUUUACCUGCUCCCAUCAAGAUCCGACUUGACGAAACCGAUCCCGGAAAGAUCAAAGUCGGUACUGAAGACACACCGGGCACCCGUGUCCGUGUCGUAGGCCGAGUUCAACAUUUGCGGUCCCAGAAAGACAUCAUCUUCGUCACUUUGAAGGACGGCUACGGACACAUGCAGUGCGUUUUCGCCGGCAACCUCAUCAACACCUAUGCCGCCAUGACCCUAACGUUGGAGACCUCGUUAGCUAUCCACGGCGAGCUUAAAGCCCUCCCUCCCAACGCCCACGCACCGCUCGAUCGCGAACUACAUGCCGAUUUCUUCACCGUCAUCGGAGCAGCCGUAGGCGAUAAGGAAGCCAUCACCAACAAAGUUCAACAAGACGGUGACCCCCAGACCCUGCUUGACAACCGCCAUCUCGUUCUGCGAGGCGACAAGGCAUCCGCAAUCAUGAAGGUCCGCGCCGCCGUGACUCGAGCAUUCCGCCAGACAUAUGUCGAAACACGAUGCACGGAAGUCACUCCUCCCGCGAUGGUGCAGACACAGGUCGAGGGCGGAGCCACCCUGUUCGAAUUCAACUACUACGGGGAGAAGGCAUACCUCACGCAAUCAUCACAAUUGUACCUAGAAACCUGCCUUGCGUCCCUGGGUGAUGUCUUCUGCAUCUGUCCGUCAUUCCGCGCCGAGAAAUCCCUUACCCGCCGUCAUCUUUCCGAAUACACACACAUCGAGGCGGAGCUGGACUUUAUCACCUUCGAUGACCUCCUCAGCCACCUCGAGCACGUCAUUUGCCGUGUCAUCGAGCUCACCCUGGCUGAUCCUGUCAUCGCCGCCUAUGUCGCAGACCUCAACCCGAAGUUCCAACCUCCCACACGGCCGUUCCGCCGCAUGAAAUAUGCCGAAGCAAUUGAGUGGCUGAUCGAGCACAACAUCCCGAACGAAGAGGGCCAACCUCACGUCUUUGGCGACGAUAUUGCCGAAGCUGCCGAGCGCAAAAUGACCGACGAACUCAAUGUGCCCAUUUUCUUGACUCAUUUUCCCGUUGAGAUCAAGGCGUUCUAUAUGAAAAAGGACGAGUCAGACAAGCGCGUCACCGAGAGCGUGGACGUGCUUAUGCCCGGGGUCGGCGAGAUCGUCGGUGGCAGUAUGCGUAUCGAUGAUUACGACGAACUGAUCGCCGGUUAUAAGCGUGAAGGGAUCGACCCUGCGCCGUAUUAUUGGUAUACGGACCAGAGACGGUACGUCAAUAUGUUUUUGCUCUCGAUUUCCGCCGUUCACCCUUCGCAACUCUUCAUGAAAUCGAUCCGGGAAUGCAUCGUCAUGGAGCGCGACGUUACUGACAACCCUGUGUAUUUAUUAGAUACGGAACAUCACCCCAUGGCGGAUACGGCCUAG